CCAAGCAUUGUCCAUCUCGCCAACGUCGCGUCUCAAUCCGCUCGCCACUUCAUUGCCACUUAUAUACACCACGAUGCCUCUGCCCAUAGUCCAGACCUACGAUACCUGGGGCGCCUCCGGGAGCGCGACCAUUGCGCUCGACUCCAAAACGGCCACCUCGCAGCCCGUCGCCACGCGCAUCGCCGGCCGGCCCACGAAGAAGGUGUCCUACCACCACAACCCGCUCGCCGAGAACCACCACUUCGGCUCAUCCCACCCGAUGAAGCCAUGGCGGCUCACGCUCACGAACCAACUCGUGCUCGGCUACGGGCUACAGAACCACAUGGACUGCUACGCGACGCGGCCCGCCACGCCGGAGGAGCUGGGCGACUUCCACACGCACGACUAUCUCGACUUUCUGCGGCGCGUCACGCCGGAGAACGCCGACGCGUUCGCGCUGCAACUGCCAAAAUUCAACUUCGGCGAGGACUGUCCGAUCUUCUCGGGCAUCUGGGAUUUCUGUACGUUAUACUCGGGCGCCAGUCUGGACGCGGCGAAGAAGUUGCUUAACGGCCAGAGUGACAUCGCCAUCAACUGGAGUGGCGGCCUGCACCACGCUAAGAAGAGCGAGGCCUCCGGGUUCUGCUACAUCAACGACAUCGUCCUGGCGAUCCUGCAGCUCCUGCGGCAUCAUCCCCGCGUCCUCUACAUCGAUAUCGACGUACACCACGGCGACGGCGUGGAACAGGCCUUCUUCAGCACCGACCGCGUCAUGACCCUGAGCUUCCACAAGUACGACAAGGACAACUUCUUCCCCGGCACGGGAAACUGGGACGACAUCGGCGGGGGCGCGGGGAAGCACUACUCGCUCAACGUCCCGCUCCGCGACGGCAUCGACGACGAGAACUACCUGCGCCUAUUCAAAUCCAUCGUGGAGCCAGUGAUGCAAUCCUACCGGCCGGCAUCGAUCGUGCUGCAGUGCGGCGCGGACUCCCUCGGCGCCGACCGCCUCGGCUGCUUCAACCUGAACAUUAGCGCGCACGGCGCCUGCGUCGAGUUCGUCAAGUCCUUCGGGCUGCCGCUGCUGCUCGUCGGCGGCGGCGGCUACACCCCCCGCAACGUCAGCCGUCUCUGGUGCUACGAGACGUCAAUUGCCACCGACACCGAGGUGGGCACAGAGCUCCCCACGCAGCUCGGACACCCCUUCCGCGAGUACUUCGCGCCGGAAUAUGUGCUCCACCCCCGCCUCGGCACCGACGGCCGCUACGAGAAUAAGAACAGCAGGAAGUAUCUCGAGACGGUGCGCCAGAGGAUCAUGGAGCAGCUGAGGUAUCUCGGUGGCGCGCCGGGUGUGCAGAUGCAGGAGAUCCCGCCGGAUAUUCUGGGCGGUCAUAGUGACUUUGAGAACGCCAUCAAGGACGAGAUGCGCGCGUAGGCGACGGUUUCAUUUUUAGUGAGCGAGCGGGGGUUUUGGAGUUUUUGGAUAUUGAUUUUUUUGCUUGCACAUUUCGUGGUUUCUUUAGUGUGUACUCGCUGUCUCGUGUCUUCCGGAUCCAGGAUAGCAAGGUUUUUGCUGGCUCUCGAGAUGUGCGCAAUGUAAUCGAAACAGAAUUUUCUGAUUGGUCG